CGGGGAUCCGCCGUCCCAUCACGUUUGUACACAUCAGCAUGCCUGCGAAGUCCUCCGCUGUCCAUCAGUAUGCCGCCAUCCGCCGCGCCGCCGCAUUUCACCAUUCCCUCGUGGCGGAUUUGGCGUGGCUCAUCCACAUGCUGCUGCACCCGCUGCAGCUGCUCACUGCGGUGCUCUCGGCGAUCGGCACGCUGCUGUGCGCCUUGAAGCCGAAAUGGCAGCCGCGAGGCUAUCGCGCCGUGCGGUGGGAGGUGCCGUGCGAUGUGGACGAGACGGAGAUCGGCCGAUACACGUACAAGGCAGACCGGCUGCCGAAAGACGGCAUCGACUAUAUCAUCAUCGGAUCAGGUGCGAAAGGCAGGGAGGGGAGAGAGGCGUCUAACGAAAUGUGCGGGUGUGCGGCUGGUUUGAUGCAGGUGUGAGCGGUCUGUGGCUGGGUGCGUGUCUGAGCAAAUGUGGCUACAAGGUGGUGGUCCUCGAGCAGCACUAUAUAGCCGGGGGCUGCUGUCAAGCGUACACAGACAAAGGUAAGGUAGACACAUGAAUGAGGCCUUGGUCGUGUGCCCACCUUGGACGCCUUGUCACUCGUCAGGUGCCACCUUCUCGCCCGGCAUCCACUACAUCGGCGAGCGGAUUGUCGCCGAUGACGACACCUGGCUGACCGCCAAAGACACCUGGCUGACCGCCAAAAUGAUUGCCAUUGCCGGCGACCCCGAGUACCCCAUCUCGUGGCACAAGAUGGGCUACGAGAACGAAGACACGCAUGAGAGAGACGGCACCGGCAAGGGCGCAUACGAUAUCAUCAAGAUUGCUGACCAACCGCUGGUCAGGUGAGAGAGAGGGCGGGAGGGGACCGGAGAGAGGCCAAUGAGAUGAACACACACAGAGAGGCUCAUUGCUGCCGUCUGUGUAUGUGGGCGGUAGGUUGCGUGCUGGCACUGAUGAGUACGAGAAGGAGUUGUGUCGCCAUCUCCCUGGCAAGGAGCAGGCCGUGGCGGAGUGGAUCAAGACGGUUAAGGAGGCUGCGGCAGAGACAAUGGUGUUCUUAGUCUCCCGCGCAUGGACACCAACGGUGCAGCGGAUCUGGCGCGCUCUGCUGGGCCGCAACGGCUUUAAGUGGGCUGGCAAGACAACACACGAGGUACCCACGCAGAACAUGCGCAUUCUCACGUUCGUCGAUGCACGCCCGCAUCGUGUGUCUUAUGUGAAGGUCAUCGCCAGUCUUGGUUUCUCUGCGCGCGAAGAGCAGAUCCUCUGCUGCCAACACGGCACCACGGGCGAGGCGCCUCGCGACUUGAGCUUCCUCCUCCACGCGGCGGUCGUACACCAUUACCUGCAAGGAGGCUACUUCCCUGUCGGUGGCCCGAUGUCGAUCGUCAAGACACUCUCGUCGACCAUCCACAAGGCAGGCGGUCGGGUGUUCGUGAGGGCGCAUGUCGAGAGGAUCCCCGUGGAGAACGGUGAGCUGAGCAGGGAUGAGAUGAGAUGCGUGCCACGAGGCAGCCGUGCUGAGGAAUUGGUGGUGCCGUGUGUGUAGGCGAGGCUGUUGGUGUUGUUCUCGCCAACGGUGACACAAUCAAGAGCCGCAUGGGCGUGAUAUCCGCUGCAGGGCUGUCAGCGACACUGGUGAUGCUGCCAUGCGCCACAUACACGGCAUCCCUGCUCAUGAUUUCCUUUUUCGCUUGCUUCGCAGCAUCACCUGCUGUCGCCUGCUGACGUGGAGCGCUAUAUGGCGGCUGAGAUGAAGUUCCUCCGCCAGGUCGGCGAGGGGGUGUCGUGUGUGUGUGGGUCUGUCGGCGUCAAUGGCACCGCGGAGGAGCUCAACCUGCCCUCCAGCAACUUGGUCUGGUUCCCUGAGGAGGCCACUGAGGUCAGCUAGGCGCAGAAGACGCUAACGUGUUCUGAUGUGUGCCGUGUCUGUUAAUAUCAAUCAGGGUCAUGACAUGGACGAGAUCAUCAUGAAGUACCGCAACAAGCUGCUAGACUUCUCAGUCGAAGACGGCUUUUGCUUCAUUUGUGCGCGCGAUGCACCUAAUCCCAUGUGCUUCAAUUGACGCAAAUGGCCUCUCUCUUGUUUUGUGCAGCCUUCCUUUCUGCGCGUGACCCUGCCUACACGCAUCUGCACCCCGGCACCACUUCCUGCUUCAUCAUGGCGGAGGCAGCACCAGAGGCGUACGAACAGCUCAAUGAAAGUGGGUGCCCAGAGGCAUACGGGCAGGGAUUGCGAUCUGAUUGGCCGUCUCUGCAUCCUGUGUGUGCUUUGACAGCGCUGGGAGGCGCUCACACGGAGAGGCGCACCAAGGCCUACAAGGAUACCAAGAAGCAGCUGCAGACCAAACUCAAAAACUUGCUGCUCAAACACUUCCCGCAGCUGGAAGGUCGGCCAUAAAUAUACCUGAGGGUCCCUGCAGGUGUCUAAGAAGCGCCUGUGUAUCUUGUGUGCUUGCAGGUCGAAUCACAAGUUUCGACGUCUCCACUCCAUUGUCGAUGCACCACUACCUCAAGAGAUUCGCAAGCUACGGCCUCCGCCAGACUCCCGAGCGCUUCACCCACACCCUGCCUCGCGUCGGCACGGCCAUCCGCAAAUUCUUCCUGACAGGCGAAGACCUGAUAUCGGGCGGAUUCAUAGGUGAGCAGACCACCCAUAAAUGCAGCCGGCAUGACCAAUGGGCGUGUGUGCGUUUCAGCCGCUGUGUCGUCUGCGAUGGUGACGGCGACUCACGUGCUGGGCUACACGCCGCUGGACAUUGUGACCGGCCAUCAUCUGCUGAAUGACCUUCCCAAUGUGCCCCAGCCACCCACACUCGAACAGCUGACUCAGGCAGCCAAGACAGAGGCGAUGUGAACUAUGAGGAAAAGAUAAGUGGCCCGUCUUUUUUGUCCAGCUGUCGUGUAUCUCUUUUUGAGCUGACCUCUCGACAUGUGUGAUGGUCAGCUGUCGUCGUUCCUGUGCUGUGUUUGAUGUCGUUUGUGUCAGUCAGUUUUAUGACGGUAGCUGCCCGCCUGCCUGCCUGCCUGCCGUGAGGAUAGUCCUCACCUGAGGUCUUUUUCGACCGGCAUUUCUCUGGCUGUGUGUGUUUAUCCAGCAGUCUAGGUACUGGGGUGCGAAGAUUUUUGGCUCCGCUGCAUCCAACGGGAUGGGACGGGAGUGUAAUAUAGUCAGCUCUUGCUACAGGGUGGCAUGAAAUGACACACGGACAGUUAACACACAGGAAGAAACAUGACAAUGAAGAGCAUUUCGCCUCGUAGCUGAUGAUAUACCGCUGCGCUGAUGAAGGGAGGGAGAUGUCAGCAUCUCUCCCGUGUUCCAGAAUUGAGCAGCAUAGGGUAGCCGUUGACAUGAAACUGACGUGCUAAGGUCACCGGCCUUAUUGUGCCAAGUGAGUAAGGGAAGGACAAAACAGGAAGAAGAUCAGAGAGAAUGGUGAUGAAAUUGAAU